GGUUCCCAAUUCUCAAAACCUUUUUCUUUUUAAUCUCAUCAUCCGACUUCAACAAUACACUCAAACUUGAAGGCUGCGUUGGCCUUGUUGUGCGUCUCACAGGAUUUGUAGUGAUUGAUACACAGGAUAGAUCCAAGAAAAGCCAAAAGUUGUUUAGCAAAUGCUUGUUUCUUCAAGUUAGUCAGUCAUUUUCAUUCAAGAUCAUGGAGAGCAAAGCUUCUCAAAGCAUAAGUUUUAAUAUCCUUGUGGAGAAGGAAAAAAACCGAGUUGUUUUUGUGGAGUCAAAUAAGGAUUUUGUUGACAUUAUAUUCAGCUUCAUGACAAUGCCUAUUGGAACAAUCAUUAGACUCGCUCGUGAGCACUCAUUGAAGGGUGAGAUUGGCUGCUUGAAAAACUUAUAUGGAAGUGUAGAGAAUCUUGAUGAGGAACAUUUCAAAAGUGGGUUCAAGGAGAUAAUACUUAAUCCUCGAAGUGCAGCUGAAAUCUACUGUAGGAAUCUAAAACUAAAUUUGAAUGGAAGUAACAACGGCAAAUAUUAUGUGUGUCGCAGUGGUAAUUGCAGUUUUGUGAGCUGUACUGAAUCUGCUUGUUGCCGCUGUGGAAACCCCUUGGAACUUGAGGUAAUUUUAAGUCUAGCUCCUGAAGAUGACACAGGGUUUGUAAAACCAACUGCACACUUUAUGAUAACGGAUGAUUUUCAAGUAUUGCCAAUGUCCACUAUGACUGGCUUUUCUCUGCUUAGCAAACUUGGAGUGAUGGAUGGGAGCAAAAUAGAAGAGAGAACUGUGAACAUCGGAAAGGAUGAGGUUCUGAAAUUGCUAAACUGUUCAUUAGCAUCAAGGACUCCCUUCUCUAACACUUUUAUGCAACCGCCUAUCGAUAAGACUAAUGUUGUGAUUCAUCGUGGAGAAUAUGGACCAAGAACAGAUAAACCUCAAAGCGAUAUGAACACAACAACUAAACAUUCAAAGAUAAACUUGAAGCUUAUCAUCCACAAAUCUAACAAAAGGGCAUUGUAUGCUGAAGUUGAAGAAAAUUUCAUUGAGCUUCUAUGCAGUUUACUUGUACUUCCAAUUGGUUAUGUCUUCAAAGAAUUUCCAAGUUUGCCCUUCAAGGGAUGCAUGGAUAACAUAUACAAGAGUAUCCAAGAUUUUGGCGAUGACAAGUUCUUCCAAUCAGAAGAGAUGAAGGCAAUUCUAGUCGAUCCAAAACUAGCCCCAGGUCUUGCUUGUUGUAACAAACUAAUUGGCAUUGAGGAAGCUAUAAACCCAUCAUUCUCAACCUUUCGUUCCUUUUUUACAACAAGAUGCUCUGAGUUGAGUUCAAAGCCCCCUCCUGGGGAAGCUAAGAUGAGCAGUGGAUUUAUGAAAGGACCGUCCAUGUUCAUGGUGACAGACAAUUUGCUCAUAAAACCUAUAUCUCCAAUCUCAGGCAUAUCUCUUAUGAACAGGUUAAAGGUUCCCCUCAGUGAUGUCGGCGAAUUGGAGGUGACCAUGGGCAAGGAUGAGGCUUUGCGUCUAUUGGUGGCUUCUUUGAUAUCAGGAUCUGCUUUGACCAAUGCUUUCAAGUCAUUCAUGCUUAAGGAGCCACAGCAAGAACCAUGAGGUAAUGUAAUAUUUGAACAAUGGCAGAAACUCUACCAGGAUGUAAUAAAUGGCUGAACAUAUUUGAUUCAGCUUCGACUUAUAGCUUGUGAUGCAGAAAUAGCUUGCUUAUUAUAUAAGCUGAAAAAAUCUGAUUAUUGAG